CUGUCCCAAACCCUCCCCCCUCCUGUCCCUAGCGCCCUGCCCCCUUCCUCCCCGAGCGCCCUGCCCCCCAGGCACCAUGGCCAGCCACCAGGAGCUGCUGUCUGAGCUGCAGCAACUGGACAAGGCUCCCAGCCUGGAGCGUCUCCGCGCGGCGCAGAAGAGGCGGAGCCAGCAGCUGAAGAGGUGGGCGCUGUACGAGAAGGAGAUGCAGAGCAGGAAGCGCCGCGCGGACAGGAAGAGGAACCAGGCGGCGGCCGAGCGGAGGAAACACGUGUCGUUCGCCGCCAGCGUGGCGUUGCUGGAGGCCUCGGCACGCAACGACCCGGAGGAGGUGCGGUACCUGCUGAAGAACAACGUCAGCCCAGACCUGUGUAACGAGGACGGGCUCACCGCUUUGCACCAGUGUUGUAUAGAUAACUAUGAGGAGAUGGUGAAGAUUCUGCUGGGGAGAGGAGCUGGUGUGAACGCCCAGGAUAACGAGCUGUGGACGCCCCUCCACGCCGCGGCUACCUGCGGCCAUGCAGGCCUGGUCAAGAUCCUCAUCCUGCACGGGGCGGAUCUGCUGGCGGUGAACUCAGAUGGGAACAUGCCCUACGACCUGUGUGAAGACGACCCCACGCUGGACAUCAUAGAGACGGCCAUGGCCAACAGAGGUAUCACCCAAGAGAUGAUCAACGACACGCGGGCGUCGCUAGAGCGAAGGAUGCUGGGAGAUAUCCAGGAGCUGCUGAAACAGGAGGAGGAGCUUAACCAGCAAGACUCCCAGGGUGCAACACUGCUCCACAUCGCAGCAGCCAAUGGCUACGUCCAGGCUACAGAGCUGCUGCUGGAGGGAGGAGCCAGCAUGGACCUGAGGGACUGUGAUGGAUGGCAGCCUCUCCAUGCUGCUGCCUGCUGGGGCCAGAUGCAUGUAGCAGAACUGCUGGUAUCUCAUGGUGCCAGUCUGAAUGCCAAGACACAUCUGGAGGAGACGCCUAUAGACUUGUGCGAAGACGAGGAGUUCCGGAACAUCCUGCUGGACCUCAAACACAAACACGACAUCAUCAUGAAGUCUCAGCUCAAACACAAGACGUCGCUCUGCAGACGCACCUCCAGCGCAGGCAGCCGCGGGAAGGUGGUGAGGAGAGCCAGCCUGUCGGACAGACACAACAUGUGUCGGAAAGAGUACGAGACGGAGGCCAUCGUCUGGCGCGGAGGGCGGGAGGAGGAGAGAAAGGAGGAGUGGAAGGAGGAGAGGAAGGAGCAGGGGAAGGAGGAGAGGAAGGAGCCGGAGCCCGAACUGGAGUCCAGCCUGAUGGGGAGGCCCACCGAGAAAGCGAAGCCUCAGAAGAUCCUCAAAGACGGAGCCAAACCCAACGGCCUCCUCGUCGUCACGACGAUGUCCACCCCCGCUCCGACGCCCACCAAUGGGGAGGCUCCGUGCCUGGACAGCAGGGGCGUGGCCUCCCCGUCGUCCUCAGAGGAGGCGUGGCCGAAGGAGCGUGCUCAGACAUUGUCGGAACUCAAGAAGCAGAGGUCGGCGGCCAAGCUGCUCAGCCACCCGUUGCUCAACGGUCACCUAGGAAACGGAUCCCCUGACUCCGCCCCCGAAGCCAACAGCAGCUCUGAGGACUCCCGCAUGCCCCUAGUCUCGUCCAAUGGCAGCGCGGUUUACUACACGCCUGCCAGCGGAGACCCGCCCAUCCUCAGACUGAAGCAGCCGGUGGAGGAGGUGGAGCCUAGCAGGCGCACCUGCUGCUGUGUGUCGUAGCAGGACCGGUCAUGUGACCUAGCAGGAUGGGUCAUGUGACGGAACUGGCCAGGAGUCAUGUAACCGGAGAGGAGCAGGAGUGAUUGCACACACUCACACAGCAAGCCGGAUCCUAGAAUGCACUAGUAGUAGGCGAAGCUUCACUCUCACUCAACCUCUUAACUUGUUAACUGAAAUAUCGACUGACCUAGAGGAAAAAGUGAGGAAGGGAGGGAGGAGGAGGUGAGGGUGGGAGGGGGUGCGGGAGGGAGGGAGGGAGGGGGAAACUGUUGUUCUCCAAGUAGGAGAGGUUGAGUCAAACUCUGCUCUGGAGAGAUGGACUCUUCCCCCUCAGAUUUAAAGGGAUACUACAUUCUGUCAUGUGACAGGUUAAACCACUGUGGGUGGGGGAGGG